AUGAAUUCCACGUUGGUGAUGGUGGAGGAGAAUAGUUGCGCUAUAUUGAAGUCUCGACGCAAAGGAGGCGGCGAUGAUGCGGAGAUGCUUAUCCCCAAGGACGACCGCAAGAAGAUCCACGAGUACCUCUUCCGCGAGGGUGUGCUCGUGGCCAAGAAGGACUACAACCUUCCCAAGCACGGCGAGAUUGACACCAAGAACCUCUACGUGAUCAAGGCCUGCCAGUCGCUCAACUCCCGCGGCUACAUCAAGACCCAGUUCUCGUGGCAGUACUACUACUACACCCUCACCCCCGAGGGUCUUGACUACCUCCGUGAAUGGCUCCACCUCCCCGCUGAGGUUGUCCCUGCCACUCACAUCAAGCAGCAGCGCUCCCACGCUCCCCCUCGCGGCAUGAUGGGUGGUGAGGAGCGUGAGCGUCGUCCCCGUGCUCCCCGUGAGGGCGGUUACAGACGUCGCGAGGAGGGUAAGGAGGGCGGUGCCCCCGGCGAGUUCGCCCCCAGCUUCCGUGGUGGCUUCGGCCGUGGCCGUCCCGCUCCCCCUUCUUAA